AUGGCUCAACAAAAUGCAUGGGAAACCAAAUUCAACGAACUAUUUUCUGAGCUGAAUGACCCGUGGAAUUUGGAAAUAGUAAGCAAUGUAGUGCAGGAAAGCGGAUGGCUACAAAUGCAAUACACUGGAAAAGCAACGUUUGAAUGUAGCACAGCCACAUGCAACAACAGAUGGACAUCCAUUAAUGCUGGAGCUAGAAUCUACUAUCGCCAAUUCGGUUCCAACACUGGACAACAAUCACAACAUGGGAAAGUAAAACUGUUUCUGGGUGGACAAAAAUGUUUGAAAUGCAACGGCGUAUUCGAAAAUGCAAUGUGGCACAACUUAUACAUAGAACGUGCGAUUACAAAACUGCUGAAUAAAGUAAAGCAAAAGUUCUAUGGUUUGAACGUUCCCACCAGUACAACAGGAAACGCAUAUGUCCAAGCAGAUAUGUCCGCCCCUCACCAAACCGGUCUUUGUGAAUUUUGUGCGAUGGGAAUAUGCCAGCAUGGUCAACAGAAUGAUAUUGACAGCAUCGCAAGUCAGUUCGGACACCUCGACGUCAAUGAUGACUACGAUGACGUGUGGGAUCAUGACUACGAUGACGUGUCGGAUGAUGACCACGAUGACGUGUUGGAUGGCGACUACGAUGACGUGUCGGAUGACGACUACGAUGACGUGUGGGAUCAUGACUACUACGAUCAGUACGAUGUUUACCACAAUUAUUAG